AUGGAUUGCAUAGACUCGAGAAUGUGUUUAGAUCAUAGCCUGGACCGAAGGUCCCAACCUCGUCCUCAACUUGUGGCGUCUGAGGCCUUGCAAGUUGGACACCUCUACAAAAUACGUAGCAAAGCCUCAGAUUCAGCGAGCUACUCCAAAGAACCCAUUCUCAGGGUUAAUAGCCCUGAGUUGACCAUUCUUGUCAAACUUCAUCCAAGCAAUGUCAUCCCCGACACAUUCAACCUUGUAUCCAGGAAGGGAAGGAUUCAUCAUGGCAAGAUUGGUCUUACCACAAGCACUUGGAAAUGCUGCUGCAAUAUACCUCUUCCGGCCAGCUGGAUCAGUAAUGCCCAGGAUCUGAGAUAUCCAGUUGCCCAAACUUCCCUUGAUACCAGGCUUGGCAUCAGGGAUUGUAUCCCUUCUGUUUGGAGUGGAGAUGAAGGUCUUGCUCUCUACUCGUGCAACAUCCGCAGGAUUUGUUCUAGCUAA